GAGAAUAUUUUUCACUUGAUUUUAGCACCACCGCUCGUACUAUGUCUAGUGCUGCUCGGGAGUUUGAAUAAUAAUAUACGUACGGCUGUACUACUGUCUCGUCUUUUGUACACUUGGCAUACAGUAAAAGUGUCCUCAUCACAUCACUUCUUGGAGGCAAUUGUUGUUGGUGGGAGUGACUGACCGGCAGUAUCAACAAGACCGUAGCAUCCUUCAGACAAACAAGCAGCUAGCAAUAUUUGACUAAAAAUGGCAGCAGUAGAUGCAACGGAUACGAACGGCGUCGUCAAUGGGAGUGCGGAAGAUGAUAAGAAUGCCUACCGGCCUCCUGACAUAGAUGCUGAUGUGAAGGAAAUGGAGAGGAGGAAACGAGUCGAAGCGAUAAUGGGCAGCAAAAUAUUUCGAGAAGAGUUAGAAAAGAUUAUUGAGCAGCAAAUGCGUGAAGGUGGGCCAGGGACGGGAACUUUGUUACAGCAAAUUUCGGAUAUUAUGGGAACAACUAAUAGUUGGAGAGGGAAUGGGUUCCGAGGGGGCAGUUGUGCUAUUCCAAUCAAUGACAUCCGAGGAAUUGACACCAUUGCCUAUGCCAAGGGAGAAAAGGUCAUGAGAUGCAAACUUGCAGCUGUGUACAGAUUGGUCGACUUGUAUGGAUGGUCUCAAAAUAUCUACAACCACAUUACUCUCCGCGUCAGUCAUGAUGAGGCCCACUUUUUAAUUAACCCAUUUGGAAUGUUAUAUAACGAAAUGACAGCUAGCUCCCUGGUCAAGGUGGAUCUGCAGGGGAAUGUGGUGGAACCGGGCACAACUAAUUUAGGGGUGAACAUUGCCGGUUUUACGUUACACUCUGCUAUCCAUGCUCAUAGGCCGGACCUUAAAUGCAUCAUCCAUCUUCACCUUCCUACCGUUAUUGCUAUAUCUAGCCUGAAAUGUGGAUUGUUACCUUUGAGCCAAGAAGCAGCUAUUGUUGGAGAUGUUAGUUACCAUGAAUAUCAAGGAAUUUUGGUGGAUCCUGCUGAGAAAGAUCUCAUUAUACGCAAUCUUGGACCGUUUAACAAAGUCAUGUUUUUGAGGAACCAUGGAGUCGUUUGUUGUGGCGAAUCCGUAGAAGAAGCAUUCAUGAACACAUACCUCACAGUUUUGGCUUGUGAAACUCAAAUGAAAUUGAUGCCCUUGGGUCUGGACAAUGUGAUAGUGAUGUCGGAUGAGGCACGUAAACGAGCAUUCGAAACUGCCCAUUCAGGCGGGGGCGGAGGCGUCAACAGCAAGGAGGAAGGCGUCAUUUCAACGGCUGAAGGAAAACCAGAAGGAAAGAAGGAGAGGAAAUGGCGAUUUGGCGAACAAGAAUUUGAGGCCCUCAUGCGCUCCCUGGAUAAUGCUGGAUAUCGCACCGGUUACAUUUAUCGCCAACCGUUGAUCCGAAAUGACAUGCCUCGUCCAAAGUAUGACGUCGAGUUACCGCCUGCCGUGUCAUCCUUGGGUUAUUUGAUUGAGGAGGAAGAAUUAUAUAAAAACAACCCCAACUGGAAAAAGUUUAUGGAAGGCCGAAAAGGAUUUGAAAAGACGAGAUGGUUGAACUCUCCAAAUGUUUACCAGAAAGUCGAGGUCCUCGAAACUGGAACGCCUGACCCCAAGAAAAUUACAAAGUGGGUCGCUGACGGAUCUCCCGGCUCUAAUACGGCUGUUAGAAUUGACCACAUGCUUCAGUUUGUACCUAAAGGCACUGACCCCAAGGAGUUUAAGAAGUUACAACAGCAAAUCAAAGAAAAUAGGCGUGCUGGAGGAAUAUCUGCUGGUCCACAGUCCCAAAUUUUGGAAGGUGUCACAUGGGAUGAAGCUCGUCAAUGUCAGGAAGCUACAUUAAGCGGCACUGGAGAUCAGGUCAUUCUUGUCGGAGCAGCGUCCAAAGGGAUUAUUCAGCGUGAUUUCCAACACCAUGCCGUUGUUUAUAAAACACCAUAUGCCAAGAAUCCGUUUGACUGCGUCACAAACGAAGAAAUUGAAGCAUAUAAACAAGGGAUUGAAAGAAAACAGCGUGGAGAUGAUUCACAGGAUGAAACUACUCCAAUCGUUUCUCCUGUUGAGGAUUCUAGAGAUGCUGGGCGACCACAAGUACUUCAAAUUGAAACGAAACAAGUCCCAAGUGCGUCCCGACCAGAAUUGGUUCAAAGUGAUGCGAAUGAUUUGCCUGAACCUUUUGUUUCUCGAUCAAAAUCUGCCCGGUUCCCUCGCGAACUUGAAGCAAAGUUAAGACAAAGACGAUGGUCCGGCUCCGAGAAGAACCCCAAACCAGGGGAGGCAGCUGUGAACGGUGAAGAACAUGAUAUUUCAACAGAAGAUUCGUCCUCCAAAGCGGAAAAGAAGAAGAAGAAGAAGGGUCUGAAGACACCAUCUUUCCUGAAGAAGAAGAAGGAAAAGAAGAAGACAGACUCAUAAAAAACAGUGAUUAAUCGUUUAGAGAAAUCCUACUACUAACUAUAAACCGUUGUUGCAGUACAUUGUUGCCUACUACAAGCACCACCAAAGCCAACACACACAACCAACCACCGCCACAACAGCUUCAAUGUACUGAAUAAGCGUAAAUUGACUGCUUUAGAAUUAAGGCUAUUAAUUAGUGCAGUGAAAGGUAUCGUACUUUUAAAAAAGGAGUGUGUCUUUAAAAAUGAGUGAGUGAGAAGUGUGGUCCGUCGGAGACUUUUUCGACGUUUGGGAAAAUGCUAUUAUGAAAAUAUGUUAACAAGAAGUCUUUUCUAAGAGUGAAAGACUUUUUGGGACUGCUCUGGCUGCUUCCUCUAUAGACUAAUAAUUACUAUGUUAUCAAUAUUAUGAUUCGUCUCUCGAGUUUGCAACAUUUAAGCAAAUGCGAAACUUUACUAUUCUUAUUCUGAUUAUCUCUUCGGGGGAGAUGUGCAAACUCCGAAAUUCGUGCUCUACUUAUCGUUAAUAUCCCCACUACUACUCCCCAUUGCUAUUUAUCUAGUACUACAAUACUGUGUACAAAUGAUCUUCCCCCUUUUUCUAAAUAUCAUGACAUGACACACAUUUUAUUUACCAUCAACGACUCUAUAUGGGAGAUGAUUUAACUUUUAACAAUAUAAAUACUACUGGUUAGUUACGUUUUUAAACCUGUAUAAUUGUAGCCUCAUAAUCGCUGCAUGCAAAAGAUAUCACUACCACUAGUUGUAAGUUUUUUGUGACCGAUUUAUGACAGAGUGAUUGAACUCCAGCUACUUUGCUGCCGUAUUAUAUGGAUGAAAAAGUUGCAAUAUACUUAUCAAAAUAAUCCACAAUAUUUUGACUCGCCCUAUUAUAAUAAUAUAUAUAUAUCAUUCAUUCAUUAUGGAAAGUGAAAGUUGGUGUGUCUCUUUUUGGCUUUAUUAUAAAGAAUAUAUUUCUUAUAUUCCAACCAGUUAUUCAUUCUUAUUUAAGUUUUCAAGUAGUAGUUCUACAUAGUUAUUAUUAUUAUUAUAAUUCUCGCAACAGUAUAUUUUGCACUAUAUUGUUAUAAAACAGGUACAUGAUAGGCAGCAAGUGUGGCGUCUAAGUUUUUAAAGAUUGAUUUUUUCCGUCUUUUAAUUUUUUUUGUGUGAUUGGGUUUAUAAGUUCACACAAAAUGUUACAUUUCCCUAGUCAUACGUCACUUUGGGUUAUUUUUGGUGUUGUUUGUAGCUCUUAAUUGUGACACGGUUUGCUAAUAGCGGAUUUAUUUAACUGUUCUAAUAUAUAUAUAAAUAGUUAUACAUAUAUACACUUGCCGUUACAAAAGGUAACUUGCCUAUAUUGGAAAUACACCCACAAAAUUGAAUUGGCUCAUGCAUCACACAUAUUUACUAAAGCAAUAAGUUACCCACUCAAACAAAAAACUAAGGAGUAAGUAAGAGCACUAAAAAAGGAAAUGGAGCAUUUCUUCUCCAACAAAUUAAAAUAUGUCAGUAAAAAUUCGCAGUUACAAAAAUCUAUCUAAUCUCUAGUAGCGAUCUUCUACUACUUACUAAGGUGCCUUCAUCAUUCACUUUUUACUUUCUCUAUCAGGUUUCCGUUCUUAUCGAGGCAGGUAUUAUCUACGUACGUAUUAUACGCUUGGGUUGUGUGUGUUGAAAAGAUCGGCAGCUUUUAUUGCUACUAUUUAGACAAUUACGUACAUAAGGUUGGUAACGGACGAAACAUUUAGGAUAAAUGUUACUAAUUCAACAAUUCGUCAUGAUAAAAUAUAUGAAGGAGACAUGACAUACGUACAGACAAAAAACUUUCAUGAAUUUUCGCAAAAAUAACUCUUAUUGCACGCCUACACAUAUGUAUUUAUAAUAUGAAUGAGGUGUAAAACGCUUGUAAUGGGAAAGGCAAACGGUUGUGCAGUUUUCUCUCUAUAGGAUGUACCAUGUCCAGAACAAAUAUAGAAUCUGAUAUAAAUCUGACGGUGUAAAAUAAGUUGCAGUUUUUUAUUCAAGACUUAUUUUGAGUAGCGUAUUUAUACUGCAUAUGCUGCAGUAGAAAUGAUAUGUAUGUGGUGAGAUGUGUCCGCCUUUAAUUGAUGAGAUGCUAUUUGCUACCACCGGUAUUAAUGUUUGUCAUCACAAAAAAAAAUUGACGCAGCUCAUACAUUUUCUUAACCCAUAAUUUUAAACCAAAGUUGUACACACACACACCACACACACUGCCAGUUUAAAAAAUCAAUUGAACAUACAUGACCACAAAAGGGAACUCUGACCUAUAUAUUCAUCCUCCGGUGGAUAGAUAAGCAACAAAAUGGAAUAAUAUGUAAUAAGGGACUUCCAAUUGUUCUUUAGGAGUUUAAGAUGUAAGACGGCUGCUAUAUAAAAAAUAACUAAAAUUGUGUGCUGUCCAUUCCACACAAUGCAAAAUGCACGAACUACUCUGAGAGGUCAUUUCACUAUAAUAACUACUACUCGAUCUAAUAUCAUCACCAUCAUCAUCAUCAUCUUAUCUGCAGAUAAGAAGAAGAAGGUUCUACAAAGAAAGUUUCCAUUUGAAUCGUACCUUUAAAAAAAAUGCUACUCCUAUAAAAUAACCAAAGGCUGGUAGAUGCGACUGCUUAACAUUAUGAUUAUUACGUUAUGAUUACAUACAUAUGGACAAGGCUUAUUGUUCAUCAUUCUUCUGGAAAAUAUACUCAAAGGCUAUUAUCAUUGUUAAAUGUUAUCCUUAGUAUUUUUAUUAUUAUUAUUAUUACCAUUAAACUGUUAGCUACAUAAAUAUUUAGCUCAGAGAUGCAACAAUUUUGGAUAAAAUAAAAAGAGUUGUUAAGUUUUUAAGCUUGCUAUUAUUCAGAAAAUGAAAAUAUUACUUUCUAGCCAACUUAACUUUAUUGUUGUUACUCUGCUACGAUUUUCCAUUCUUGUUUUUAGUGGAAGAAUAAUAAUCAUCAUUCAUUCUUUUUGAAUAGCUUUGGUUGUGCUGUGCAUAUUAUUAUUAUCAAUUAUUAUAUGUAAUACAAAUAUAUAUGUGUACUGCUAUUUAGAUGUAUCAAAUAUACUACGUUGACUAUACAUGUUUAGUAGAAGCAUGCAAAAAUUGCUGCUGCCAAAUUGUGCUAAUUUAAAUUUUUGAGGACAAUGCCUGAAAUUGAGAAACAAUAAAAGGGAGUGUUUCAUCCAAAAAAAAUCGUCAAAACUACACAACCACCACCACCACCAAUACGAUCAACAAGUGUCGCAAUAAUGUGUAGAUAGACAACUUUUUUUUAUAAAAGCGAUGCUUACAAUAAAGUUAUGAAAAUUGCAAUGCUCAUGGAGUAACUGCUUUUUACUACUUUGGUCACUAUUAUACUGGACAAGAGAGGAACGGAAAUUGAGUGCAUGUGCGUACUAACUAUAGCUUUAUUACGUAAAUACCUACGCAAAGAGAGAGAGAAUAUAACCUGUAAGAAAUUAAGUACUUCUGCCCGUCAUAAAUUAUAAUUGGGUCACAGUGUGACCCCAAACGGGACGGACGGAUGGCCUCUGUUUUUAAAAGGGAAAUUAUAAUUCUUCACUUGUUAUUUAAUUUAAAACAUACAUAGAUUUUUUUCUAAAACAACGAUUUUUAUGUAAUAAUGUUACUGCUGCUAGCCGCUGCUGCUGCUGCUGCUGAUAUAUUAAAUAAUUUGGUUGAAAUAAUGAUGCCGAUGUUGAUCACUAUUGUACGUAUGUUUGUCAAGUGGUACGAAAUUAAAAGCCUUACUAUUUUGCUUCAAAGUUAAA